AUGUCAGUACGUCGGCGCGAUUUAAGUCCUCCCCCGGGGCGCGGUCCUGGAAGUGGAGGCGGCGGUGGUCCUCUCGGUGGCAGCAGCAAACUUCGUAUGGAUCGAAAUCCCAGCCGGGCGAAGAUUACUGAUCCAAGCCAUCCGGCAGGCAAGCGGAAAGAGAUCGAUAACGUCAUGAAGAAGGCCCGUGCCUUCCCGAAUGAAACGUGGGAUAAGAAGCUAUUGGAAGUGGAAGAAAAGGAUCCCAACCGUUGGCGCCAUACAGGCUACAAAAAACUGUACAUCGAAGAUGAUCCCAGCAGCUCAGAUUCAGACCGUGGUCCAGGUGGUGGUGGUGCUGGAGGUGGUCGUUAUGGUAACGGUAGACGCAGUAGAUCACCGCGAUCACCGCGUCCGGCUCAUCGACGCUCACCAUCGCCGAUGCAAGCAAUGCGCAAACGCCAUAUAUCGCCCCUAUCACCCGUCCCGAUGCGUCGUCGGUCUCCAUCGCCGUCACCGAUCAAUCGUAAACCACCACCACCUGAACUGAAACGACGACCCCGAUCGCCCUCACCAAGAAUGCGCCGCAAGUCACCAAUGGGGAUGAUGCGCCGCCCCAUGUCACCAGGCGAAAUGCGACGGCGUCCAUCACCACCCGGUAUGGGGCCGGAUUCACCACGCAGAGCACCUCGCCGUAUGUCACCUCAUCUGGGUCCUCCGCCGUCUAAGGGUGGACGGCUGCCUCCACCGGUACCACGUUCGAAGCGACCUCCUUCACCGCCGCCAAGGAUGAGUCGGUCGGCAUCCAUGAGUAGCUGUUCCGAUGAUUCCUGUUCCGGUUGUUCGGUUGACGAUCACCGUCGUCGCCAUCGUCGUUCAAGGGCUCGAUCACCACCGCAUAACAACGGUCCAAAAGUAUUCCGUCGGGAGGGCCUCCCGGGGAAUCAUGAUAGCCGUCUGCGGCCAAUGAGUCCACCGCCAGUGGAUCCACGCCGCAAGCAUCUGCCACCACCCGAACCGCCACUGAAAGGCCAUCGCGGUUUAGAGAAGACUUCACGUGAUCAUCGUCCAUCACGAUCAGGCCCACAACCGCCUUCCGAGCAACGAACAAGGCGUCCACAAACACCGGAUUCCGAUCGCGCUUUGUCACCUCCGAAGCGUACAAAACAUGCAAGCAAACCCUCUAGUACUGUCCCAGCUCCGGAAGAAACACGACCAUCCAAGGUCCGUGCAUCGAAAACACAGGUAGCUCCGUCAUCAGAUGCGGCUGGCUCGAAUGGGCACGAUACUGCAUCUCGGCCGUCAUCUUCUGCCCAGACGGCUCUGACAGCAGCAGCAAGCUCCUCGAGCACGACCCACAAAAAACAUCAUAAAGACAAGAGUGCGGAUAAACUGCGCGCGCGUGUGAAAAUUGAAGGCGAGCCGAAACGUCGUUCUCGACCACGCUCUCCGUCAAGCGGUUCGGAGGAAUCAAGCAGUAGCGAAAGUUCCUUGCCUCGUUUUACGGCCACCACUCGCAUGACACUUUCGGAGCGCUUUGGUAAAAUGGCCCAGUGGAGCGUUGAUCGAUCGAAUAUGGAAAAUAUGCGCAUCACAAAGAACUCGUCCGGCGGGGAUCUUAAAGUGAUGAUCGAAGAGGAACUUGAAGCACCACCGACACGUUACACCUAUUCGCCAGCCCCGGCCGGACACUUCCCAGAAGAGUUGAUGACUACUGGACCGAGCGGCCUGUCAUCGUGGGAUGACGUACGGGUACGAUACGAGUACUACAAGGGACGCGGGUAUUUGCGGGAUCUCGAUUUGCAAGAUUACAUCAAGUGGGAGGAGUGGUGGUACAAGUACCAAGAAUGGCUCAAACAAGAACGAUAUUACGAGCUGUGGGAACGUUCGCAAAUGAACCGCCGUCGAAAGAAAAUUCCCAUUGCACAGCGGCUAAACUAA